AUGUCCAUCGAAGAGACCCUCUCUCCUGGCGAAAUCCAAAUGCAGAGUUUCGCAGACGGCGGCCCACCUCCUCCACCUGUCUCUCACUCCUGGAAAAAGAUUGAUCGCUGGGCAGAGAAGAAUUACCCCGAGCUCUGGGAUCAACUUUGUGAAGGCUGCACUCAGAAUGACAUCAACGAACUGGAACAUGAACUCGAUAUGUCGCUCCCCCAGGACGUCCGGGAAUCACUCGGUGUCCAUGAUGGCCAAGAACGAGGUGGCCGGCCCACUGGUAUCAUCUUUGGUUGCAUGUUACUCGAUUGUGAAGAGAUCGUUCAUGAGUGGAAGAAUUGGAAGGUUGUUAAUGAAGAAUAUUUGAGUGGCGCAUCCCGAAAGCAAUCCUACAUCUCCAAGGGUCUCAGCAACGGUGCUUCUUCCUCGUCCUCCGCUCAGACUCAGAACAACAAUCGUUAUUGGCGACAAGAGUUGCUAGAUCGACAAGAGUCACAACCCCCCAAGGCAAUUCAGAGAGCCUACGCCCAUCCCAGCUGGAUCUCUCUUGCCCGAGACUGGGGUGGAAACAACAUUGCUAUCGAUCUCGCCCCUGGACCCACCGGCAGAUGGGGUCAAGUCAUCCUUUUCGGUCGAGACUACGAUUGCAAAUAUGUCAUUGCACGAUCAUGGGCUCAUUUCUUAGCCACUGUUGCUGAUGACUUGAAUACUGAAAAGGUUUUUGUCGAUGAAGAGACGGGAGAGCUCAAACUGAAAGAGUUCAAGACCGAAACCGUGGAGCCUGCGUACAUGGAUAUCCUUCGAUGGAGAGCCGAUCAAAAAUAUGGCCGAAGAGGGCCAAAACGGAGGCCACAACCCAGUGGACUCAAUACUAACUCUGUCAGCCAAAAUGGCCGGCAUUCGCCCUACGGCAGUCCCGUCCUCGGCAACGAAGACCGAGGACGAUCUCCGCAGAGGUUCUCAAGGGGACCAUCGAGCAGUCCUCGACACGCCGUUGGGAGCCCUCUUGCCCGCGUCCAAGAAGAGAUCGCUCAGCCGCAAGCUGUUCGUCCUGGAGGUGAUGUUGUGAGAGACUUUGCACAGGUCGCCGAGAAGAGUGAGGGCAAGAAGAGACUCGUGGAGGGUCCAACUCCCAUCGACUCUGCCGUUGCCAACAACAAGAAGCCCGAAAAGCUGAUUGAUGCACCAACUCCGGCGUCCUUAAAAAGUGCAGAGGCCCGAGAAUAUCCCGUGCCCCGACUUUCUAGAGUCUCGACAGAGAGUGAGAACAAGGAAAAUCAAACAAAGAACCCAACUGCAGAAGGAGAAGUCAAGGGGCUUGGCGUUAAUGGAAUCGAGGAUGAAAUGAAGAAUGUGGCAAUUUAA